UGUUGCCAUGUUCCCACUUUCAUGGGUGUGGUGAUUAGCUUACUUGGUGAAAAAUUUAGUCUAAUCCGACCAGAGUCGCGCUCCCUUUUCCCCCCUUUAAACCGAUUAAAUUGUCUCAAAAUUAACACGUCUGCCUUUGCGAUUUCUUUCAAAGCUGGGACCAUGGUUGUCGUAUGAAAACGGAUCGGUGUGACUCUGAUUGGAAGGACGGACAGAGCCAAAAAAGCCUUUUUCAGGUGUCAGCUGGCAAAUUGUGUGUGUGAGUGUCUGGGUGUGUGAGUGUGUGUGUGUGUGUGUGUGUGUUUGUUUGUUGUGUGUGUGUGUGUGUGUGCGCGUGUAGGCACGUGUGUUUUCCCAGCCCAGUCAGUAUUUGGAGAGGAGUGUGGCCUGAACGCAUCACAGAGAGACAAUGAGCGAGCUGGAACAGUUGCGGCAGGAAGCCGAGCAGCUACGCAAUCAGAUCCGGGAUGCCAGGAAAGCCUGCAGUGACUCCACUCUGUCACAGAUCACAGCUGGUCUGGACUCAGUGGGCCGGAUACAGAUGCGGACGCGACGCACUCUCAGGGGACACCUGGCCAAGAUCUAUGCAAUGCACUGGGGAAGCGACUCCAGUGACGGCAGUCCCAGGUUACUGGUCAGUGCCUCACAAGAUGGAAAGCUAAUUAUCUGGGACAGCUACACAACAAAUAAGAUGCAUGCCAUCCCGCUGCGUUCUUCCUGGGUGAUGACGUGCGCCUACGCCCCCUCUGGGAACUAUGUGGCUUGCGGUGGCCUGGACAACAUCUGCUCCAUAUACAGCCUGAAGACCCGUGAGGGCAACGUGCGUGUCACCCGAGAGCUACCCGGACACACAGGUUACUUGUCCUGCUGUCGUUUCUUGGAUGACAACCAGAUACUGACCAGCUCUGGAGACACCACUUGUGCAUUGUGGGACAUAGAGACAGGCCAGCAGGCCACUGCCUUUACCGGCCACACAGGGGAUGUGAUGAGUUUGUCUCUAAGCCCAGACUACAAGACCUUUGUGUCAGGAGCCUGUGAUGCCACCUCCAAGCUGUGGGACAUACGUGAUGGCAUGUGCCGGCAAUCUUUCACUGGCCACGUGUCCGAUAUCAACGCCGUCACCUUUUUCCCCAACGGGAAUGCCUUUGGCACAGGCUCAGAUGAUGCCACCUGCAGGCUGUUUGACCUGCGUGCCGACCAGGAGCUGAUGAUGUACAGCCACGACAACAUCAUCUGCGGCAUCACCUCUGUGUCUUUCUCCAAGAGUGGCCGACUGCUCCUGGCCGGCUACGAUGACUUCAACUGUAACGUCUGGGAUACUCUGAAAGGCGAGCGUGCAGGUGUGCUAGCGGGCCACGACAACAGAGUGAGCUGCUUAGGGGUGACAGAAGACGGCAUGGCUGUGGCCACCGGCUCCUGGGACAGUUUCCUCCGGAUCUGGAACUAAUCUCAAUCUCUGCCCGCCAACUUCCUCCUUCACAACCCCACCCCACAUAUCCCAACUCAUCUGCUGGGCUGGACCUGAGGGGUGCUCACUGUGUCAGCCGAAAUCCUCUCAACUCACCCCCAGUCCUCCUCUGUGCUGGCGACCUGCCCCCCUGUGAGAAAGUACCAACUCUUUCUACCUUUUCAGUGACGUUUUUUUUUUUUUUUUCCUCCACCCAGCUAUUACACAGAAACACAAAUACCCUUUCAGUAUAGUUGUCCCAAUCAAAAAUAAGAGAUUAGUAAUGAAAAACUGAAGGAAAAAAUAGACAAUUUUGCCCUUAUACCAAUUCUGUUUUAGAUAAAGAACAUCUGUUACCGUGACUAACAACAAACAAGAUGAUCGUCAGUGUGUAAUAUGUAAAUGUAUAUAUAAAGACAGUAUAUAUGUAUAGCAUUAUGUGUGUAUAUAUGCAUCAUAUAUGCAUAUAUAAUGUGUAUGUAUAUAUUUUUGUAGUUUAUUUCCCACCCUUGAGUUUUUUUUUAUGAUUUGGGGGUUAUAUUUCAACUGUACAUAUUCACAUUACAACAUACAACAUGAUGCCAGAAACACUUAUUGUAUCCUGUAUAAGUACCAGAUGUAGUGGCAGACAAUUUAGUCAUAUCAUAGUUUCAUUGAAAAAGUCUUUCAUUCACUCAUCCCUCACUCAUCCAGCAACAAAAGAGGAUUUAGCAAGUAAACAAAACAAUUUGCAGAAAUAUAAUUUGUCCCAGCUAAACUCACUUUCCUCAUUUGUAUGUGUAUUAUAGUUGGUAGCAGUGGGCCUCAUGUAUCCUGUUUCUACAAAUUCAUGUGAGUGAUGACAUUUUUAUUUAUUUUUACCAACACAGCCCCUGUCAUUCCUCACCACAGUUUUCAUUUGGAAGGAAACCGCCACAGUGCUAAACGCCAACAAGUUGUAUUUUUAAUUUUUUUUUCAGUCUGGAUUCAGCUUCAACUCCAAAGUAGAAACCAGUGAAUUUUAGGUUUAAGAUAGAUCAUUUUAUUUAACUGGAGACCCUGCCUUUGCCUCUACUCACAUGGACUGUGGUUUCAAAUCAUCGGAUGCUGAAUCCACAUCUGAAGACCACAUCCAUUCCAUGCAAAUCAACAGCUGUGUGAUAUUAGGAUUGAUAACCCAAAAAUAGUCCUAAAUAGAGGUUUUGCAUCAUAAUAUUUUCUGUGGCCUAUAGAAUCUACGCUUUUCCUAAGAGUUGAGACGAGCAUCUCAAGUUACCCGUACAAAUGACACUGAUGGAGAAAAGGCUUCGCAAAGAGAGACUUGUUCUCCCCAAGCAGAAGCCGUUUUCUACCUAUGAACCUGUAAUGGUGCUGAGACCUGUAUGGACACAUGGCAGAGAGCUCAGUCGUUUUGUGGGAAUAUUUAAAGGACCAUAAAGGACAGCAGUGACUCUGUCUGCGGCCUCUGAAGACUAGAGGAAAGAUGCAGAGAGAGAAAAACGAAAGAUGUCUGUCAUAGAUCCCCAUGUCAUUUUAAUCCUUUUUUUUUUUUUUCUUUUUUUUUCCUAAGCAAAGGAUCAACAGAUCUUUUUGUUGUCAAGGUGUGAACUGAGUGACUGCAUGGAAUUAAAAUCAUGUUAGCCACUCCUAAAUAACACCAUUGCCACCACAAGCCUGUAAAUAAAGAAAAAAAUGUUUUCUUUAAAGGGUUUAACAUUUUUAUUUUCUCACCAAAAACAUGUAUCGAACUGAAUAUUGCUUGUGAAGAAAGUACACUUGGUAGACAGAAAUGUACACUUAGUAGAGA